UGGUAUUUGUUUGGAUGAUGAGGCAAUCUACAGCCACUCAAUAACGGGACGUAACGGCCACAAAUUGCCGCCACUUCACUGAACCAAUACAAAAAUAAGUAGCAAAAAUAAAGCCAAAAAUACGGAAAACCAAAGAUGCUUAGCAGGGUGGCAGUUUCUGUUCCUGCUGCUUCUUAUUCUGCUGCUGCUACUGCUGCUGCAUCUCCAUCUCUAAUCCCAUUGAACCCAUAUCAUUUUUCCUGCCAAAAAAAGGCCAAAAUCCCCAGAUUCUUGGGUUUGAGAGUCAGAGAGGUCUCUUGUGUAAACCAGAGAAGCAUAGGAUGGGGAAGAAGCAAUUCCCGGAAUAAGUCUGGUAGGAUGGAGAGUUUUACAGUCAGGGCCACGGCUCAACCUUUGAAGAACGCCGACGAGUUGAUUGAUUCGGUGGAAACUUUCAUCUUUGAUUGUGAUGGAGUUAUAUGGAAGGGAGAUAAAUUGAUUGGUGGAGUCCCUGAGACUCUUGAUAUGCUCCGGUCAAGGGGAAAGAGACUAGUUUUUGUUACCAACAACUCAACAAAAUCUAGGAAACAAUAUGGUAAAAAGUUUGAGACACUUGGUUUGAACGUCACUGAGGAGGAAAUAUUUGCAUCAUCAUUUGCUGCAGCUGCAUAUUUGAAGUCCAUUAACUUCCCAAAAGAUAAAAAAGUUUAUGUGAUUGGAGAGGAUGGCAUCCUGAAGGAGCUUGAGCUUGCUGGAUUCCAAUACAUUGGUGGGCCAGAGGAUGGUGGAAAGAAGAUAGAACUAAAGCCAGGGUUUCUAAUGGAGCACGAUAAAGAUGUUGGGGCUGUUGUGGUUGGAUUUGAUCGUUAUUUCAACUACUAUAAAGUCCAAUAUGGAACACUUUGCAUCCGUGAAAACCCUGGGUGCCUUUUCAUUGCCACAAAUCGUGAUGCUGUUACCCAUCUGACAGAUGCUCAGGAAUGGGCAGGAGGUGGCUCUAUGGUUGGUGCUUUCUGCGGAUCCACUCAACGUGAGCCACAUGUUGUGGGAAAGCCAUCAACUUUUAUGAUGGACUACCUUGCAAACAAAUUUGGCAUCCUCAAGUCACAGAUAUGCAUGGUUGGAGACCGAUUGGAUACUGACAUUCUUUUUGGACAAAAUGGUGGUUGCAGGACUCUUCUUGUUCUCUCAGGAGUGACCUCAUUGUCAAUGCUCCAAAGCCCCAACAAUUCCAUACAACCUGAUUUCUACACCAACAAGAUCUCGGAUUUUCUCUCUCUGAAAGCCGCAGCCGUAUAAUCAAAUUGGUGUGUCUCGGGUAGAAUAUCAUAAUUAUUCUGUCAAAUAUAACUUGCAGAUAGCAAUUUCCUUCUAAUUUUCUGGAUAAACAUACUUGUUAUGGAUUUUGAGCCUCUUUUGAGAUUGGAUUGAUGAAAGUAUAAUUCAACAACAUCAAUUGUUUAUUUCUUUUUCAUUAGUUGAAAUUAUACAAAAAUGAAUUCCUUUCAAUCAUUUGUUCACUUCAUUGCAAUACAUCGGUUCUGCCUUCUUAUUUCUUAUGAGAGUUGCCAUGUUCACUUGAAGAAGUGAUUUGAAGUCUAGGGCCUAGCCUGUCCAGAGUUGGAAAAUAUGAUUUUUCAAAGUUUAUAGAUCAGUUUGGGAGAAAAUAAACUUUCUACACUAAAGCGGCAAUAAGCUAAUAGUUGACCCAUCGUUAAAUUUAGUAAUUUCUUUCUCUCUGGUUUAUCUUUCCCAUCUUUGCAGUCAGAAUCAAGUACAAGCCUCUAUAGAGGGGCUUCGUGGCACUGUGGAUUUGCCGUGGAGGAAAAGUUGCUUCUAUAAACAGUUAAGUAUAGAAUUUUUGCAUCUUUCUCACUCAGGUAUAGAAAUGAUUCUUUUCCUUUUUGAUUAUCUUCAUGUGUGCAUUUUUGGGGCCAAUUCUUCAUGUCAUUGUACGAUUAAAACAUUGGCAAUGAGCAAUGACAAACCCCCUACCCCAUCUUAUUCCCCUAUCUUUUUCAAAAAAAAUGAAAGCAUCAACAAUUUGGUUAGGUCUCUUGAUUACUUUUUUUUUAAAUCAAGAGUUUAUCGGUAAAAAAUAUUUUAAAAGCUAAAUAUUUGCUUAUUUUCCGUUUUAAAUACCAACACAUUGCUGCAAUGUGUUGCUCUUGUAGGAGCAGCAUUCAGAGCCAUUUUGAUAAUUUGAUAUCAUUCCAACAACAAUUCAAGAAAACAUCUCAAAUAUUGGUGCUUCAAUUAAGAUAUCAAUUUAAG